UUAUAACAAAUCUUUUAGUUAAAAUUGUGAUAGUUUUUACAAGAAAUUUUUAAGUUCAAUUAUAAGAUUAUAAAACAACUCAAGAUGGUUAACGGAUCUCUUCAAGUUUGUGGAUAUGGUGUCACUAUUAUUGGUUGGUUGAUGGCAAUCAUCACGUGUGCUCUGCCGUCGUGGAGAAAGAAUGAUUUAGAAGGUGAGGUUAUCGAAUCAAUUAUCCGGACGACUGGUCUAUGGGUGAGGUGCACCCACCAAGCAACUGGUCAUUGGACUUGCAACGACUACGAUUCGUUUUUCUUGGGUUUGCCCGUCCCCCUUCAGGGUGCAAGAGCUACGACAUGCUUGGCAAUAGCUAUGGGUUUCAUUGGUCUCCUUCUGGGAACAUUCGGACUCGAUUGUACAACAGUUGCAUCAGACAACCCUAAAAUGAAAGCCAGAAUGGUCAUGAUUGCUGGUGUGUGCCAUGUUAUUGCUGGAGUGUCACUGGGUAUUGCGGUUUCGUGGUUUGCAGCAAAUGUCUUAGCAGAUUACCAAGACCCUAUCGCCUCAGUGUCCGGUAUUCGAUACGUCUAUGGCGAAGCUCUUUUUGUCGGAUGGAUAUCAAUGGUUAUCAGCGUGUUAGGCGGAGCUGUUAUGUGUUGUGCAUCCUGGAAUUCUGAUGAUGACGACGAUAGACGACCGUACGCAUACAACCCACCAAAGCCAAAGCCCUCAUCAGCUGAAUAUAUCUAAAGUUCCCGAAGGAAUACUGUUAUACCGAAAAAAUGAAGAAAAUUUUUAUCUUGUUUUUAUUUUAUCUCGAAGGAACAUUCUUCAAGCGGUGAUCCGCAUUUCAACUAUAUGUUCUGAUGUCAUUUUAUUCGAUUUUAUUCGGCUGACAAUGUUUAAGCGAUAUAUAGUCGUAAACUUCGGAUGGGCUGUACCAAUACACAUGGACCGUAGUGCGUACAGAACGCCGCUUAGCCACUACAUUUAGAGUUGAACAAUUUGCCAUCCUCUCAAUUUUUCCUUCGUUCUGUUUGCCGUGUUCCUGUUCACUAUAACUUUCCACGUGGGGAGUUGUCAUUGACAUCCAACUGAUUUUUAUGUACAGAAUGUUUUUACCUACUGCGUUUCUGUUAAGUUUUUAUCGUAUUUGUUACCUUACCUUGAAUCAUACAUACAUGAUUUGCCAACUGAUAUCUUACAAUGAUUUAUUUGUUUCAAAACGAGAUGAUUUUCUCCAAAAAAUAUCUAUUUAAUCGUGAUCAUGUAGUUCAUAUGGAAUGGAGGACUGUACCUACCUCCUAUAUUUUCACCGUCUUCGAGCAGACUACCUUGGAGAGCAUACUGCGCCUUUUUUUGGCGCUUUCACUUGAGUUUUCGUUAUUGUCAGUUUCAAAACUGCUUAUGAAAAGUACUGUGAGAGUUGCAGCUUACAUUUUAUCAACGCCGGGUACUUGGUCCCGAAUUACUAUUUAUGGACGUCUGCCUAUCUAUUGUAACUUAGCUGCUCUGCUGAUUAUGUUUUUAAGCGCUUUUAAUGCGUGUGGAAAUCAUUGAAUCGUAUACUAUAGUUUUAUUCCCCUUAUCAAGUCUGCUUCGCACUAAUAAAUCAGUUUUGAUCUUAA